GGCCGAUCUGCUCCCUUGGCUCAGCUUGUAAGGCACCCGGCAAGGGGUCCGUUCCCGCAUCUGUGCAAAAUAAGUAGCUCGGGUAGCCUGCAAGCUCUCCGGCAACUGGAAAAGCGCACGCAUGGGCUUGGUGACCUGUGUUAGCGCCCACACAGCUGGUGUAGAAACCCAGGCUCGCCGCCUCCUUUCUGCAGAGCGGACCUGCUGGGCAGGACCGAGCUCGGCCCCAAAGAACAGUGGAUACUUCCUGGUGCCUGUUCAUCCUGCUUUCUACGUGUUCUUCCUGUUUACGACGUGUCUGCCUUCGGGGGAGCUGUGGCGGGGACAAGCAUGACCGCAUUGUCCCAGCUCAACCAGAAACUCAGAGAGGAGAGGUUGUGCAGCUCACAUGCUCCUCCAGGGCUUGUCGGCUCUCCGCUGCUGCGGCUUCUUCAGGCGGGUGCCUGCGCCCGGGGGCUUGCAUGUGUGACGAAGAAAGCAAGUGUGGAGCAGUCAGCUCUGCCUUUAUUUGCUGCAGGCCUUCCUGUUUUUCCGGAGCCUGCAGACCCCCUGCAGGAAGGAGGCAGUCAGGAGCUCCUCUGCAAACAGCUCCUGCCCAGAGAAACGCCUGCCUGGUGUCCCACCUGCUCUUCACCCCCUGGGUUUUGCCUGGACCGAGCACACAGAAUAAGACCGUCCAAGUGGACAGAUGACCCAACCGACGCAGAUAUGGAGAGCAGCACUGCACCCUGGAAAGCCUUGCUGGGCGCCUGCUGCAAGAGGGGGCUGUGCUUUGGGCAUUCAGUGGCCUCUCCUGGGCCAGCCAGCUUCAGCAAACAUGGCUUUUCCUCAACUUCUCUGCUCGCUGCCUUGAAGAAUUCUGUCUGGACUGAGAGAUAUGGGACUUUUGUUGGGUCCCAAAGGUGCUUGACAAGGUCGUCUAAUCUACGUGUUGGACGGGACUUAACGUGCUGCUUUCAGACUCUGCGUCCCCAGUGAGGGCAACAAAGACCACAGCUCUGCUCUGAAGCGGCCCAGGAGGAGGCAGAGCUGUUCCAGAAGAGAGGGUCCAGACUCACAUCAGAGACGGGAUUCUCUCUGAGCGGCAGUGGGAACCCUGCUCCAGGGCAGAGAACUUCCCAGAGAGAAGCUGAUGGAAGCUGAGAGGGGGCGUGGUAAAGGGAGGAGAAGGGUGUAUGCGUCCAGACCCUUGGCAUCCUCCUAAGAGCUUGCUUCCCACAGUCUUACAAGGCGGGGGCAGGGGGACGCUUGCCUGGAAGCUGGGGUCUCCUGGUGUCUUGAGCACCACGGGACACUGCCAUGCUGCUGCCAUGAGCAAAUGACCUGCCUGUGGAUGCUGCUGUUUUGACACAGUGGAGGCACUAUUUUAAGACGAUGUAACCCAAUGUGCACAGGAUAGACUAGACAUGAUGCAACAGACCUUCUUAAAUGGCUAGUUUAUUCCGUGUUACCAAAACAAGGGGUAGAGUUUAUCUCGCUCAGUUAUUUAAUAAUUGCUACUGCUUUCCCCAUUGUUUUAUUUUAUUUUACUCUAACCACUUUACUGAGAUAUCUUUGAUGGUCUCAUGGUAAGACGUCUCCUGUGAUGUUCUGCAUCGUGAAAUGACCACCACAGUUAAACUAAAUAACUUGGGUGUCAUCUCUGCCCAGUAGCACGGGGCGCGUGAGUUGAGAAGACUGAACUGAAGAUCUGUCUCCUUACUGACUUUCUGGUACACUGCCCAGUGCUGCUGACCAUCACCGGCAUGCUAUGACUUCUCCAGAACUCUCUCCUCUCGCAUCACUGAAACUUUGUGCCCUUUGACCAAUGUCUCCCAAUCCCAGCUCACCCUGUUUUUUCAAUAAAUGAUAUCAGAGA